AAAUAUGAACCCGAAAGAUAUUUUAAGGUUAUAAAGAUGUGCAAACUUGAGAAAGAUUUAGGAGAUUUAACGUCUGGCGAUGAAACUGAAAUCGGUGAAAAUGGUGUCGUACUUAGUAAUGGUCAAAAACAACGUGUUGCUUUGGCGAGAACUAUUUAUUCUAAACAUGAAAUUUUGAUUAUUGAUGAUUUCCUAUCUGCUGUCGAUUUACAAAUUACAAAAUCUAUAUACAAACAAUUUUGGACUAGUGAGCUAACAAUCAAUAGAACAAUAAUUCUUGUUACACAUUGCAAAGACUUUUGCCAUGACGCUUAUAUGACAGUAUACAUUAAAGAUGGUCAA